AUGCCAUCCAACGAAUCCCUUUACAAUGAGACGAUCAAUGUAGACCCCGGUCAAUAUGCAUUCAAAGAGCGUAAGCUUCGAGUUGUCUGCAUAGGGGCGGGACUCUCUGGCUUGAUCCUCUCUCAUAAACUGAAACACGAGCAGCCGUUUGAGUUCGUAGAUUUUACGAUCUACGAAAAGAACUCCGAAGUUGGAGGCGCAUGGCUCGAGAAUGUCUACCCCGGUGUCGGAUGCGAUGUUCCUGCCCACAGCUAUGUCUUUCCAUUCGAGCCGAACCCAAAUUGGUCUAAAUGUUAUGCCGGAGGUGCUGAGAUUGAGCAAUACAUUGUUGACACGGUAGAUAAGUAUGAAUUGAAAGAUCCGAUCGUGUUUGACACCAAGCUCGUCAAGUCUGUUUGGAACGAGGAGCGAGGCAAGUGGGCGCUCGAGCUCAAGCAAAAUGACAAGACUAUCCAAGAUGAAGCGGACAUUCUCAUCGAUGGUUCCGGUAUUCUCAAUCAGUGGAAGAUGCCGAACAUCGCUGGUUUGGAGCAGUUCGCUGGCAAGCUUGUGCACACGGCUGGUUGGGAUAAAACCUACGACUGGACUGAUAAGAAGAUCGCAGUCAUUGGAAAUGGCUCAUCUGCUCUUCAAGUUGUGCCUGCGCUCCAGCCCAAGGCCGCAAAAAUUGUCAAUUACAUUCGUCAACCGACCUGGGUGUCCGUCAAUCUCUGUCCGGACGUUACGAAGGAUGGAAUGGGAACAAACUUUGAAUAUACCGAGGAAGAGAAGGCGAUGUUCCGAGAUGACCCAAAAGCUUUCCUGGAGUACAGGAAAAAAAUUGACUGCUCUGUCAACACCGUCUACCGAUUGAUGUUAUCCGGCUCUGAGCUCAAUCAAGGGCUAUUUGAUGCGAUUUCGGGUCUUAUGCGCCAACGUCUCAGUCAGAAUCCCCAUCUGAUUGAUAAACUUAUCCCGAAAUACGAAAUCGGAUGUCGCAGACUAAGUCCUGGUGAUGGAUAUCUCGAAUCGAUGCAGCAAUCAAAUGCCGAAUGGUGCUUUGAAGGCAUCGAGGAGAUCACCAAGACCGGCAUUCGCACAGCAGCGGGUGAAGAGGAGUUUGACUUGAUUGUUUGUGCGACUGGCUUUGACACCACCUUUAUUCCCGGGUGGGAGCUGGUUGCUCGAGAUGGUCGACGACUUGAUGUGCAGUGGAAGAAGGUACCCGAGGCAUACUUCUCUAUUUGCGCAGGUGGAGUGCCUAACUACUUCAUAUUCAAUGGACCCAACUGUCCCAUUGGUCAUGGCAGCGUGCCACAGAUGGUCGGUUGGACUGCUGAUUACAUGCUGAAAUGGGUGAAGAAGAUGGCUCGGGAGGAUAUAAAGUCCAUUGCAGUAAACGAUUCCGCUGUGAGAAAUUACAACCGCCGUGCCCAAGCGGGUCUAAGACGAACUGUUUGGAGUAAGGGUUGUCAUGCUUGGUAUAACAACGGAGAAGCUGUCACGGCGAUGUACCCAGAGGCUAUUGAGGAUGUUCGGGGUGAAGACUUUGAUAUCAGACACAACAACACCUCGGAUCCAUUCUCGUAUCUUGGAAAUGGAGAACUAGAGUGGGAGAGGGAAGAUGGUGCAGAUUUGGCAUUCUAUUUGAAAUAG